AGUAGCGAAGCUUAGGCACAGCCGCGUCUCUCUUGGUAGGAAGUGCGGGCGGCUACGGGAGGUCGCUGGGGAGGCUCCGCCCCUUCCCCUGAUUUGAGAUUGGGGUGAGUGUGGAGCGGAGCAGGAUCGAGGUGAGGCUUUGGUAUCCAGUAGGUCUCCGUGAUCUGGUCCAAGGAAUCGGUGCCUUCCUUCCCGCAUGAAGCAAACUUCUCCAACCUUGAACCCUCUAGAUGCCAUUAAUUCCUAUAGUUCUCGCCAGCGCGACAAGGACGUGUUUGGAUGCUGUGCUGGCAGUUGUAAUUCAGUGCAUCUGGACGGCGCCAGUAUGCAGGUAUCAGAACGUGAUGGUGGAGUGUCCACAGGGAAUGGAUUAGACAGUGCCACAGCAUCUGAUGCCCAGCAAGUUUCACCCUCUCACCCUAAGCCUCCUUCCUUGGACCUCUUUAAUCUGGUGGUAUCCUAUAAGCAACUAGAGCUGUACCUGGAACCACUGCAGGAUGUUGCUGAAGGAGUGUGGUUCCUCCUCAGCUGGCAGAUGCCCUUCUGCUCUCUCCUUACUUGUUUGGGCCUCAACUUUCUGCUGCUUACUCUGAGUGAAGCUGCUUGGUAUGGGCUGUGUGCCCUGCUAAUCUCAGUGCCUGCCAUGCUCGGCUAUCUACAGGAAACAUGCCGCAUCCGUCUUACUGAAGAGCAGCUGGCACGCCGUAGGUAUCACAGUGUGCGGCGAGAAGAUGUGAGAAAAGUUCAACUUUCUCGAAAUGAGGCUGUGGCUGAAGUUAAGGGCUUUCUGAUCCGAUUAGAAGCGCUCCUGAACAGGCUCUGUGGUGGCUGUGAAGCAGCUUAUCGUGUCUUCUUUUGGGAGAACCCUACUGUCUCGUCCCAGUUUUAUGGGAUGCUGAUGGGUUCAGUUUGUGCCCUUUACCUGCUGCCCCUCUGCUGGAUCUUUGUUCUUCUUAAUAGUGCCCUUUUCUUGGGCAAUGUGGCAUUUUAUCAAGUGAUGCUGGACCUAAAGUCAGCUGUAGAGCAGCGCUUAGGUUUCAAAUCCAUCCCUGCGGCUCCAGAGCCUGAAGAUUUGGAUCUUGGAGAAGUGGAAGCUACUGUCUUAUCAGAUUGGACACCUACCCUGACUGGGACUGAGGACUUAACUCCUGGCAGUGUGGAGGAAGCAGAGGAAGCAGAACCUGAUGAUGAAUUCAAGGAUGCAAUUGAGGAGACUCAGCUGCUUGUAAUGGAGGAAGAUGACAUCUCUCAGGGUUCAGGGGAGUUUGAACUUGGCCUUCCUGACAGUCCCUUUAUGAGCAAGAAUGAAGUGAUUCGUAGCAGGGUGUCACGGUUGACAGAACGACUGCGCAAACGCUAUCCAACCAACAACCUUGGAAACUGUGCAAGUUGUUCUGCCACUUUCUCUGUCUUGAAGAAGAGGCGAAGCUGCAGUAACUGUGGGAACAGUUUUUGCUCCAGGUGUUGUUCUUUCAAAAUCCCCAAGAGCUACAUGGGGGCUACAGCCCCAGAUGCCCAGCGGGAGACUGUCUUUGUAUGUGGGCAGUGUAACCAAGCUCUCACCAAGUGAGGAGCCCGUAUGGAAUCCAAUCUUCGGAUGAAUCUGCUGGGGAUUUUACACUACACUAGCUGCUACUUGAUGGGAGACAAGCAACAGCACUGCUUCUUUUCUUCCUCCUUCUACUUGUAAAAAAAAAGGAGAGUUAGCACAUCUAACCUACUGACUGCUCUAUGUGCUCCUGCUCUCUUUCUUGAAAGCAACUGAGGAGAUUCCUGCAAUCCUGGUUGUGUGGAGGAUUCUUCAUGCACUAAACUACUGUAGGCUUCCUUCCCUUCCCCCAAUUCCAAGAGCCAAUAUUAUUUCAUUUCUAGUCUGUGGCAUUUUUCUCCCCUGCAGUUUGGCGGAGGACAGGCGGUUGGCUGUCCUCAUUUUUGAAAGGUCACUCUUGACACUUGGACUCCUCAAACCAUUCAAAGUGUUUUACUAUUGCUGAGGUGCCACCGCUCUCUUUCUGUGUGUCUGUGUGUUCUGAAAUGAAGGCUGGGUCUUUGUUCAGAUGAUAAUUCUAGUUGGCUCUGAGAGCAGGCUUUGCAGGGCCAAGAGGGUCAACUGUGGUUGUCCAACUGGUGAGGUAGCUGGAUCUACUUUUUCUGCCUAUUUCAGGUGAGGAUAGUGUUUCUCUCCCUUUUCCAUAUCCAUGCCAUUGACUUUAUUUUGUUAGUUUUUAUCUAAAGCCCCUUUUAUCAUGGUCAGACUAGGAUCUGGGAAAUGUGUGCUUUUCAUCCCUGCAUUGUUAGAAGGCAGAGGUUGCUGUAGUUAACUGGGUUUUUUGCUAAUAGCACAGUGUAGCUGAAAGUCAGGGAGCUUCCUUAGGAAGUAGACCACUUCUGCAGAGGUGGGACAUUGUUGGACUAUUGCAGAGUAAUAUAUAUCCUACCAAUAAACAAUAUCCUUGGGUGUGAAGGCAACAUUUUCAGAGUCUGAGGUAAUUUUUAUUGCUGUGAGGACUAGAGGGUCCCUGCUAUGGAUAAAUAUUUCUGGAAGAAGAGCCUCAUUAGAACAGUGGAACAUAGGAUGCAUGGUAGGGAAUAAGAGAAUGGAGCAGUUCUUUGGGACAAUACAGGAUACGAUGGGUUUCUGCAAAACAGACACAUUGUGUCUAUAAUGUGCUGACACAUGUGGGAUAUGAGAUAGAGCAUAAUAUAUGUAAACUUAAAUGCCAAAAGGAAAUGCUUUUUGUGUGGAGUUGACAGUAUUUCAGACAGUCCCUUUGAGACUCAACCAUGGUGAAGUAUUGGGUAUGCCUGAUAGGAAUGUAACCGAGAAUGUCUUUUGCUUUGGGGACAUUAGAAACAUAAAUACAAAGCCUGGCUGAAAAUAGAUUCAGAACACUAUGCUUUUGACUUAAUAGAUGAACUAAA